GGGUGAGCACCCCAGUUUUCACACACUAAAGGUGCUGAGGGGCACUAAAAUACUAAGCCAAAAGAUAGCGGAGGUGAAAACCAUCAUAGACGCAGUAUGUUUAAGACCAGCUACCGGCAUGAGGUGCGGAAGGAGAAGCACGAGCGCACUGAUGUCUUCGGGGAGCCCAGUAGCCCAGAGACAGAGUCGGCUCCAGCCGGCGGGCCCUCGACAGCAGCCGUCCAGGGCUGGGAGAGCCUCCAGGAGCUAAACAGCCGCUUCGCACGUUACAUCAACCGGGCGCGGGUGCUGGAGCAGCGUAACGCUGUGUUCCGCAAACAGCUGGAGACUCUUCAGCACAUGGAGGAGGCACAAGGGCUGGAGGAGGCCUUCAGCGAACAGAUCAGCAUCAACAGACAACGCAUCCGGGAGCUGCUGUCAGACCGAGCCAAGCUGGAGAGAGAGCUCAAAGAUGCAGAACGCAUGCUGGAUGAGUACAACAGCAGAUACAGAAAUGAAUGUGAAUAUCAAGAGCAGCUGCGGCACACGCUGGAACAGCUCAAUAAGGAAGCAGACACGGUUCUAUUGAGGAACCUUGACUAUCAAAUCCAGCGUCAGUUCCUGCAAGAUGAUGUCAAUGCCACCAAAGAGAGGCACAAAAAGAACCUUGCCGAAAUCCAGACGUAUCUAAACAUCCUGCACCAGAUCAACCAGACCAUUCCCCUCAUGGCGAGCGCGUCCGUCUCAGAGGAUCAGGAGCGGCUGAUGGCUCAGAGGCAUGUGCCAGCGCUGCGCAGCCAGCUGGAGGAGUACAAGAGCGCCAUCUGCCAGCUCCAGGUGCAGAAACAGCGGCUGCAGACCGAGACAUCUGUGUUGGAACAAACCAUCAAGACCACACAAAUAAGCUACGACGACGAGAUCCAGCUGUACAACGAACAAAUCGAGACCCUCAGGAAGGAGAUCGAAGAGGUCGAGAGGUCACUGGAGAAAUACACCAACAACUGUCGACGGCUGGCCAUGUACCAGAGCUCUCUGGAGAACGAGCUGGAGAGGUACAAGAGAAUCAUCGAGAAUGAAGACAACAGAUUGAACUCAGCGAUAAUUGAGACACCCAUUGCUUUGCUCACAACCAAUUAUAAAUACAGCCAUAGUCCUAGCAAUACCGGGAAAGGAAAAGAUAUAACCCAAGUCAUCCAAGACAUCACCAACGUAAAACCUCGUCAGAAGUACUUGGCUAAGAAAGUGUUUAAAAAGAAAGAGAUCACAUCUAAAGGAGCUAGUGGACUCAAGGAGAAGUCAGCAGAAGAAUUUGAGAAAGGACUGAUAGAGGAGAAGGGGGUGGGAAGCGAGGAGCAUCUUCCUCGUGAGGAUGUGCCUGAUGGUGCCCAGAUCAGCAAAGCCUUUGACACGCUCUGUAACAUCAUACGUGACCGCAUGAGGCGGGUACGGAGGCCAAUUAGUAUGGAGCCGGUCGCUGACUUCUUCACCAGGGGACGCUAUGUACUAGUGACAGGCGACUCUAGCUACCUGGACCCCUGCUUCUUUUCGACCACCCCUUCUGCCAGUCAUGUCUACGUCACAAUCCAAGAUGGCAUGAUGCCUUAUGAUCCGUAUUGGAGGGGUACACCUUCACCAGUCCUGAGCACCUCUUCUGGACCAACACCCUCAACCCCUUCCACACCUUCAGAACCCAAAAUGGGAAAAGAUGAUGGAGGUAGGAAGGAGGGUGGAAAUGGGGAGAGGGAAAAGUCCAAAAAUGGAGAGCCUCAUCCAAAGACGAAAGAACCAGAACCGAGCCCCAGUCCACCUCCAGGCCCUCAAGACGACAAAGGCCCCAGUCCUCCUUCAGGUCCCAGACAGCCCUCACCCCAACGUGGAGGCAAGGGCAAGACCUCGGACGAUCCCAGCAGCUUCCAAGGCCCUUCACCCAUGCCAUCGCAUAGUUCUAUCCCCCCUGACUCCAUGACUUAUGAGAAGGUAGAAGUAGUGGAGUCAGUGGAGAAGCUCUCACCUGACAAAAAAGUGAAGGGCUAUGAAGAGACAACCACAGUGGUGGAGACCAUGAUUGAGAAGACCAGCAGAAAGAAACACGCCGAUAGAUCUUCUUGAAACCUUUCAAACAUUCCGCUUCUAUCCAUCUCUGCCUCGGGCCUGCUCCAGUUUUGCCUCCUGCCAGCUAUUGACGAGAUUCCUAGUGCUGUGCUGUUAACUUCUUGCACCACUGCACCAUUGCCUUUGGCCUUUACUGUCUGAAAAUUGGGAAGCCAAAAAUGGAAUGCCCCAUAUUCCCCCCUCACACAAAAAUACAUUUUGUAACUGAGCACCUUGACACAGUAAACAUUAGUUGCCAGGUGUAAUUGGAUUCACAGGCUCUAUUCCAAAACCUAGUGAGCCUUCUAGGCCACCAUCCUUACUGAAACUGAACUUCUUAAGCGAUUGAUUU